CCGUUGGAGUGUGUACCUUCCAAAUUUCAAAAACCCUAUAUAAAACCCCCGUAUAAAUCCUUGCCACCAGAAAAUCGGCGUCUACGACGGGACAGCUCCGCCGGCCGACCAAAUCGGUGUCCAAUUAUUUACGGUUAAAUGGACAAAAGUUGUUAAUUCCUUUGUUGAAACGUAGUUCCGAUUAUUUCUUCCAGCAAAAGAGGGCUUUCGAACUGUUAAGUGGCGAUGGGAAAAAGGAAGGAUAAGAACGCCGGUGCCGAUAAUGAGCACUCCCCGUCUACCGUAUUUGUUGCAAAUUUGCCAUUCUCCUUCACCAACUCUCAGAUGGAAGAAGUUUUCAGUGAGGUUGGACCAAUAAGAAGGUGCUUUAUGGUCAUGAAGAAGGGGUCUACUGAACACCGUGGCUUUGGCUAUGUUCAAUUUGCUGCUGUUGACGAUGCUAAACGUGCCAUUGAGCUGAAGAAUGGGUCGACUGUUGGAGGUAGAAAGGUUGUUGUCAAACAAGCCACACACCGUGCUCCACUUGAGCAACGUCGAGGAAAAGUAAAUGAAGUUCAAUCUGAAGAUGCUGGCCAUACAGAGAAUGACAAGGCUGUUGGAACUGCAGUGGACAAAAUUGACAAGUCUUCAAAUAUUAAAGCAAAAGGUGAGUCAAGGGAUAAAAGAAAAGGAACGGCUGUUUCCACUGGUCUUCUUGAUGAAGGGAAGAAUAUCGAAAAACAAAGGGUUGCUAAGACAGUUGUAUUUGGUGGCCUUCUUAAUGCUGAUAUGGCCGAGGAAGUUCAUCGUCUGGCUAGGGAGUUUGGUACAGUGUGCUCUGUCACUUACCCUCUUCAAGAGGAAGAACUUGAUCAUCAUGGGCUAGCUCAAGAUGGAUGCAAAAAGAAUGCGUCAUCUGUACUUUAUACAAGUGUAAAAUCAGCUCGUGAGUGUGUUGCAGCACUACACCAAAAAGAGAUACAGGGGGGAUCUGUUUGGGCACGCCAACUUGGUGGAGAGGGCUCUAAAACUCAGAAGUGGAAACUUAUUGUGAGAAAUCUUCCGUUCAAGGCUAAAAUGGCCGAGAUAAGAGAUAUGUUUGCUGCUGUAGGAUUCGUGUGGGAUGUGUUUAUUCCUCAAAAUCCUCAAACUGGGUUAUCUAAAGGGUUUGCAUUUGUUAAGUUCACAUCAAAGCAAGAUGCAGAAAAUGCUAUCAAGAACUUAAAUGGGAAAAAGUUUGGUAAAAGACCAAUUGCUGUUGAUUGGGCUGUUCCAAAGAAGAUUUAUACAGUUGGAAAUAAUAAUGUUGCUGCCGUAGGAGAUGGUCAGGAGAGAGAUGAUGAAAGUAGCAGCGAAUCGGAAGAUUAUGAUGUGGAAUCAGUUGGAAAAUCAAAAGAAGCACAUGAUAGUGAUGAUAUGACAGAUGAAUCAGAAUCAGAUCCGGUUAAUGAAAAUGAGAGUAAGCCUGAAGUUGAUUUUGAGGAAGAGGCUGAGAUUGCAAGAAAUGUACUGAAGAACUUCAUUUCAUCAUCUUCUGGAAAUGUUUCUGGAAGUGACGUACUGCCAAUGGAAAACAUUGAUGAUGAAGCUAUGCCAGUUGAAAAAAAGUCAUAUGAUGCAUUCGGCACCCAUGGUGCAGCCACAGUGAGUGAUACCGGAGGAAACCAGAAAACUAUCAAGUCAAAUCAAGGAGAAGAUGAGUUGCAGAGAACUAUUUUCAUUAGCAAUCUCCCUUUUGAUGUCACUUGUGAAGAAGUGAAACAACGUUUUUCUGCAUUUGGAGAAGUGCAGUCCUUUGUACCGGUGCUUCAUCAAGUCACAAAACGUCCACGUGGAACUGGAUUUCUCAAGUUUACAACACUGGAUGCUGCCAAUGCUGCAUUUUCAGCGGCCAACUCUGUUGCUGGUCUGGGUAUAUUAAUAAAAGGCCGAGCUGUGAAAGUGCUGAAAGCUUUGGACAAGAAAUCAGCUCACAAUAAAGCAUUGGAGAAGGCCAAAAAAGAUGAUCAGGACCAUCGCAACCUAUACCUUGCGAAGGAGGGUCUUAUCACAGAAGGGAUGCCUGCUGCAGAAGGAGUUUCCGCCAGUGAUAUGUCAAAACGAAAGAAGUUGCAUGAAGAGAAGAUGGCUAAGCUCCGUUCCCCAAACUUUCGUAUAUCAAGGACAAGGCUCAUUGUAUACAAUGUACCAAAGACAAUGAAAGAAAACGAUCUUAGACGACUUUUUAUGGAUGCAGUUAUUUCCCGUGCCACAAAGCAGAAACCCUCAAUUCGGCAGAUAAAGAUCUUAACAGAUUCAAAAAAAGGAAAGGAAGGCCAAAAAAGUCGUCCACGUGGAGUAGCUUUUUUAGAGUUCACAGAGCAUCAACAUGCACUUGUGGCCUUGAGAGUUCUCAACAAUAAUCCUGAUACUUUUGAUCCUGAACAUCGGCCUAUUGUGGAGUUUGCCAUAGAUAAUGUCCAGAAGCUGAAGCUUCGGCAAGAAAAGCUGCAAGUUCAGCAGCAGGCUUCUAACAGUGGCACAGAGGAUUUGCAGCAAAAUGACCAUUUAAGCAAAGCCGGUUCUAAUGCAAUCAUGAAAUCAAGAAAGCGCAAGUCCAGAGAUGAUGAUGCAUCAACAAAAACUUCGGGGUAUGAAAAGAUGGAAACGGAGAACAAACUUAGUGAAGGAACUGCUCCCAAAGGAGGCAGGUUUACCAAGAAGCAGAAAGGUUUUGAAAGAGGGGGUUUUUCAUCAGAGAAAAAGUUAAAAAGAUCAAAGCCAGACGUUACAGGUCAGCAGAAAGGAAGGCAGGCUGGUGGUCACGAGACUCUGCCUAAUGGAGGUUCAGCCAAUAUUUUUAAUAAGCAAGAAAGCAAAGAAGCAAGAAAAAGAACGAUAUUACAUGAUCGAUCUGAACAAUUGAAAGAAGGCAAUGGUCCAAGGAACAGAAAAUGGAGUAAAAAGAAUGAUCCUGUGGGGCGUGAUGUGGUGGAUAGACUUGACAUGUUGAUUGAACAAUACAGAUCCAAAUUUUCAGGGAGCGACUCUAUUCAAACUGAUGACAAGAAGCAAGGCUCCAAGCAGCUUAAAAGAUGGUUUGAAACAUAAUUUUCUGACAAGGAAAUAUGAAAAGAAAUCCAACUCCUCAGUGAAAUAGAUUUGGUGCAUAUAGGCAGAACAUAAGGAAUGUUGAACACAAGAAACAUUCGAUCUUCAGAGCUGCAAAUGUGUUUGUAUUUGGUGUAGAUGGGAUCGAAAAUAUGAGGGGUUGCUACACUUGGUUUCAGUAACUCCAUUUUUGGCUGAAGGUAAACUUAUUUCCUUCUUCCCUCCAUUUUCGUGCCCAAAAGAUGGGGAAUGCAAAUGCUCAAAACUCUUAAAAAAUUUUGUACAAGCAGCACUGGGAACUCAAGUUUGCCACACCCUCAAAUUUUCCUCCCAACCAUCAAGGGGAAAUCAUUUUACCUCUCAUUAGCUUUGGAAUUUUCUUCUCCACUCAUUUUCCCUUGUAGUAAAAGCAAUCUGUAUUCUUGAUGGGGUGUCUUGAAGAAGAUUUGGGUUGCUUUUUUGCAGUGUCAUGAUGGAUCAUUGUCUGGCAUAUGCAAUUGACACAAAGCUAGUGUCAAUGUCUAUAUAUUAAAGGAGAAGCUGUAUUGUAAUAUCUAAGCCUAUCUGGUCUCCCUUUUUGGUAGGGCAGCAACUUAUCCGAGUGAUAUAGAAGGUGGUGGGCUGCCUGAAUAAUGCGUAGUGGAGAAAUAAAUUAUCACCGCCCGGAAUAUUAAGGUCUAAGGCAGUGCACAUGAUGUGUUUCGCGUGCGUUGUCUUUUGUUCCCCAAGUAUUUAGCCUUUUGUGGUGUGUUUGUUUUUAUAAGACCGUGUUUGGUUUGGUGCGUUAGGUUGGAUAUUCUAAUUUAUCCUAGUGCAAGGUGUACUUUGUUAGGUUGAGGUGAUCGGUUCUAAAUCCCACUGAGAGUUUCUUUCCGAGCGUAAGAAACAAGUGUGGCGUUAUAUUUACUAGAGUGGUGUUUAUGAAGAGGUACGUGGGGGAAUAUUGCACUUUCUGUCCCCACAUGAUAUAGGAUGUUGUGUUUGUGGUUCUAUGGUUUUUACGUUUGGCUCAUUUA